ACUUUUACUCAUAAAAAGAAUCCUGGCUGCUCGCAGGCCAGGCAGUAGCUAAUGAGUUAGCUACUAUAUUCGACGACAGGCUUAACCAGGUCAGUCCGGCCUGUAGUCGUUUUAACAUUUCUCCAUUUCAUAGCGACACAGAACAACCGUGCGUGCGAGUAGAUGCUCUAGAUCGCACGUAUUUGCGCGUUUUUAGUGCAGUUUGCAUCGCAUCGUGGUAUAGUUUCUCGUAGCUCCGCGCUACAGAAAGUGCUUUUCGGAAACGGCAGAAGUCACCUGGAUUCAGCUGCAAAAGCCAGCCGACCGCAACAAAUCCUCCGAUCUCCAAAUAAAGGUUAUAGCUUGAAAACCAUUUGCAGAAUGGCAAGGCCUUCUAGGAAUAAAAGGGUUGUUGACUACGCACAGUUCCAAGAGUCUGAUGAUGCAGAUGAGGACUACGGAAGAGAAUCCGAGCGACCUGAGAAACGCAGUGACGAUUCUCGAGUCAAGGACCACAAGAAAGACUUGAGUGACGAUGACAAUGACUAUGGAGAGGAUGAGGAAGAUGAUGAUGAUGCUGGUGACAGUGAUUUUGAUGCUAAAGAGGCCAGCAGGGGGAGGCAGGCGACAACUAAACGGAAAAGGCCAGCAGAUGAUAGUGAUGAUGACGUUAAGGUUGUGAAGAAGAAGGGCCGGCAGGUGCGUCAGGCCGCCACUAAAGCUGCAUCCAAACAGAGGGAGAUUCUUCUUGGUGAUGGAGGAAGUGAGGAUGAGGAGGGGAAGGAAGAGGAGGAGGAAGAUGACAGUGAUGCUUACACCGGAGAGGACUCAGGCAGUGAUGAGGACUUCAUGAUGGAUGAUGACGAUGAUGACAGCGACUACGGGCGACCCAAACGGAGGAUCUCAAAAGUGAGCAGGAGAAGCAAAGACUCAAAGAAGUCACCUAAACCCAAGAUAAGGGCUUCAGCAACCCGAGGGCCUAAGAAGAAGAGAGGAAAACGGCAGACGAAGGGGCGGAGAGUUGUGAAGAAGGCAUCACCUAAAGAAGAAGACGAAGAUAUCGAGAGCAACAAAGAGGAGGAAGAAGAUGAGGGCCACGAGAGGAAAGGAUCUCCUGCCCCCAAGAAGACGCAGGACGACGACAGUGGCGCUGAAGGGGAGGAAAACAAUGACAACGGAGAAAAGGAAGAGAAGGAAAAUGAGAAGGAAAAAGAGGAAAAGGACGAUGUUUCUGAGGAAGAGGCUCCGUCAGGUGAAGAUUGAGGUCUUACCUGAUGGUGAAUUUGUCUAUCUUUCUGUUUUUCUGAAUGAGGAGCAGUAGAAUUUAUUUCCCAUAAUACUCAAAGAGUGUUUUGGAUGUUUGUUAAUGUCUCUCAGCGUGUAAAUACCAUAUCUCAAAGAAAUCUGUAAAGUAUCUUCAGACUGAUCCUAAAAACUGAUGAUUUGGCCUAAUCCCAAACAUGGGAUUUUCUUCACUCUAAAUGCGGUAUUUCAUAUGAAUAUUUAUCAAUGUUUCAAUUAUAGCUUUGCAAUCUUUUUGCUAAAAUCGUUUUGUUACAGUUGUCCUUCAGUGUAUAACAAAGAAGGAAGACUGUGGAAUUGGCCCCCAAAACAAUAUAUAGAUAAUACUGUAGGCUUUCUAUGCUUCACGAUAAAGGGCACCUUACAUUUUUAAGUUUGCAUUUGAGAGAAUCAUUCCCGAAUAAACCCCUUUGAAUUGCUUUAAUGCACAUGAUCUCAGCCACGUUUACAGGUAAAUAACACGCAAGAUUAUAGUGCACAUAUGCUUGUUAUCAUGACCUGCACUGGAUACUCGUGGCUGAAGUUGAGUCGCGCGAUUUCCUCCAGUACGUCUGCAUUGCUUCAUACUGUAAGUUGCCUAGCUGUAGUAUGCUACUUUCUCCCACUUUUCGUGCAGUUAAUUCUUGAUUCAGUCUAGUAAAACUGCUUUUUCCGUCUGAGCAUUUGAACUAAAAUGACUUUUCUAUGGUUGUAUUGAACCUCUUUCAUGGGUGGAAUGCUUUCAUGUACAUGGUGCGUCAUCUUCAGGCGAUGUACAGCAGUGGGCGGAGUCUCAGCCAGAUGGGCGGGACUCUCUCUUUUAACGAUGUAAGCUUUGAGAGUGAGUGAUAUGUCUGAACUGAGCUAGUGGAAACCUUAUUAUUGACCUCUGUGAUGCUUCAUGUGUGCUUUUUUAAGAAUAUUUUGAUGCUUAUAGAUGCCUUUUUAAAUGAGCGGUCUCUUUAGCCAUUAGAAUGGUAAAAUGACCUGAAUCAAGCACACACCAUUCAUAGCUGUCUCUGCUUCAUUUCACUAUUUUUAUCGCUUGUAUCGCCAUCCUAAUCUGUAGCCUUUCAAUCUAUAUCAUAAUUUAUCCCAAAUAAAUGUUUGUUUUAAUUACGCUAUUCUGAUUUUUGUAAAAUUUGUUUUACAAGGAAAAAAUAAAAUGUAUCUUU